CUAACACAGAACGGAAACUGGAAGUCCACGAAACAGAGAAGAGCUGCGAGCGGUGAUGCUUGGUAGAAUAAAUAGUAAAAUAACCUAACAACGACACUACGGAACUGUUUUCAUUUGUUUUUUUUAUAACGGCAUCGACGGAGGACGCACAACAAUGUCUGCACAAGCUCAAAUGAGAGCUUUGCUCGACCAGUUAAUGGGGACAGCGAGGGAUGGUGAGUUGCCGUAGCCUGCUAGCUAAACUAGCUAGCCAAGAUGGAGCCACUGCUGAGGUUGGCUUGUGUUGGCGUGUGAUGGACAGACCUGCAUGAAUGGAUGUACAACAGAGGGCUGCGUAAAAGUACUGUAAUGUUGGCCUUAGGAAGCCACCACGGAUUAACGUUAGAAUUUAAUGUUUGUAUCCACUGCGUGUUGUCGUGAAUGAGAAACUUGAGUUUUUAACACGAAGGACAUUCAAAUACAUGUCCAGCUAGUAGCAUUAGCUAAGAAGCUAACCCUGCCGAUUACGUUUAUUGUGCGUCGCGAAACUGUUACACUACCUAGCGUCGUACCACGCAUGGUUGAGCGCUGUGGUUAUUUAGUAAUUUCUACAUGCCUGUCAUAAAUCUAUGUAACAUUUUGGUAGCGGGGAAUUAACAAUAUUUUACGCCACACAUGAAACGGAUCCGUAUUGCGAUAAUGUCAGUUCUGCUAUAACAUAUGGUGCCUUCCCGGGAAAAUCUGCUUAAUAAUUUUCAUCACCACAGUUGUUAUAAAAUGUGUCCUUCACAACAUGAUUACCGCUGGUAAUAUUCAAUUCUGUUUCUUGGUUAAAUAAUUACUGUUCUAUCUAAAGUAAGUAUAAUGUUUGGUGUUUUUAAGAUGUAUUGAUAAGGUUAAUAUCAGGCUUAAGGCUUAAUAUCAAGUAAAUACAUUGUUAUUAGUACUACAUAAUCCUGUAAGUGGUACUGAGCCCUACUUGGAAUACUGUUGUACUCUUUCUUAUAUUCACCAUAUUUAUUCAGCUACCUUCAGAUACAUUAAGGAGUAAAACCUGUAGUAUUUGACUCAGAUGUUGUAGUAUACACAUUGGCAUCGAAUAAGAACGCUCCACUUGGUUAAGGCAAAAUCAAAUUACAUAAACAGGAUUUUUAGCAGUUAUAGGUAAACCGGGCAACUGUUCCUUAGCUAUUUCCUUCCUAGCUAAGUGAACCCAAGAUGUACAUGUACACCUCUCAUACAGACAAUUCUUAAAUAGACCAACUACUGUUGCCUUUAUGUUUGUUUUCAUGAUAAUAGCUUCCAGCUGUGUGGAUACAAACAUUAAUAGAUAAAUCAGGUGUCACAUCUUAUUGUAAUUGGCAGAAAGUGACAGCGUAUUAUUGCCCUGUCAUUUCAUACAUCAUACGUAAGGAUCAAACUGCCUUUAGCAGAGUUAAAUUGCAGCACUGUGGAUUAUCUUAAAUUAAUAAUUGAAUCUGUAUAGUACGAGUGAAUUUGUGUUGUGAGUUUGUGGCUGUUUGUGUGAUGAGAUUAAUAUAAAAAUUCUUCCCAUACAUUUGCAUACAAACUGAACAAUUGUGGCCCCUUUAUUUUAUUCAUUAAGGUUCAGUGUAUCUUUGCCAGCCUACAUCAAUCUGCAAAGGAGUUGCAGAAAAGCCUCAUGUUCAUCGAGCCGUAUGGGCAAGAAAACUGUUUCCAUUUAUACUUUUCUACAGCGGGUUUAAAAUUCUGCAGCUGAGGUCUUGAAGAUUCAGAAGGGUACAGUAUGUGGUGCAGAUCGCAGUGUGUAUAAACAAUUUCUACCUUGGAUUUCUUUUGUAUUUUGUGUUUCAUAUUUGUAAAAGGUUUGGCUGGAACCUUUUGUUUGAAAUGUUUACCUUUCUUGCCUCAGUCUUAAAGCAGGCUUUCCUGCAUAGUGCAAUGCCCAGUGUGUUGAUAUCUAAGCAACAAGCUGUGUAAUCAAGGUUGUGCAAUCCAUUCUAGUUAGUUUUAAAAUAAUCAUUUACCAGUAUUGUGCCCUCACUCAACUAAUCCUUUGAUACUCUACUGUGGAUUUUGGGACCCAUAAGUUUAACAGACUUGAGGCUCAAAUAUUGCCAUAUUAUUUGGAAAAGGUAUGCACUACAAAAAAACAGGAAGCCAAGUGCAUGCAAACACAAAUAGAUUAGAAAACAUUAUUGGCCCUGAAAUGAGAUAAUUAACAAUGUAGUACACAGGUGUCAAGCUCCAUUCCUUGAGGGCCCCUGCUUUCCAUCUCUCUCUGCUGAUUACCAUGACCAGGUGUGUCAGUUGGGUUUCCUGCUGUUCAUUGACUGAACACACCUGGUCAAGGUAAUCAGUAGUACAGUAGCUUGAGCAGAGAGAGUUGGAAAAGCAGCAGGACAGCAGCCCUCGAGGGCAUCAGUUUGACACCCCUGAUAUAGUAGAAGCACAGCUACUGACAGAACUAAAACAUGUUAUACAGAAAUUUUUUUUUUUCAAUCGAAGUAACAUUUAUUUAUUUUUAAAAAGAUAAAUGGGCACAUUUUAAAUACAGUUAAUGUGACAACAAAUUGUCUCGUUAAUGUAGCAUUAAUAUAGUAUUAUUUAUAAAAGCACUGGAUACGUCACCCCUGCUGUCAUGUGUGUGAAGUCCUUCUGACUGGUUGUUCUUUUGGACUGUUUCAGGUGAUGAGACGCGGCAGAGGGUCAAGUUCACUGAUGAGCGAGUGUGCAAAAGUCAUCUCCUCAACUGCUGUCCACAUGACAUCCUGUCUGGAACUCGUAUGGACCUGGGAGAGUGCACGAAGAUCCACGACUUGGCACUUCGAGCGGAUUAUGAAAUUGCCUCUAAGGAGCGAGAUCUAUUCUUUGAACUUGAUGCUGUGGACCACCUGGAGUCAUUCAUUGCUGACUGUGACCGGAGGACAGAACUAGCCAAGAAGCGCCUGGCUGAGACCCAAGAAGAGAUCAGUGCAGAGGUGGCUGCAAAGGCAGAGAAAGUUCAUGAGCUGAAUGAGGAAAUAGGAAAGCUCCUGGCCAAGGCAGAGCAGCUUGGAGCUGAAGGGAACGUUGAUGAAGCCCAGAAAGUUCUACAGGAAGUGGAGAAGGUCCGCACUAGAAAGAAGGAUGCAGAGGAAGAAUACAGAAACUCGAUGCCUGCCUCCAGCUUCCAGCAGCAGAAACUUCGGGUAUGCGAGGUGUGUUCUGCUUACCUGGGUCUGCACGACAAUGAUCGUCGUCUGGCCGACCACUUCGGUGGGAAGCUUCACCUGGGUUUCAUCCAGAUCAGAGAGAAACUGGACCAACUAAAGAAAACGGUGGUCGACAAACAGGAGAAAAGGAACCAGGAGCGUUUAAAGAGAAGGGAAGAGAGGGAGAAAGAAGAACGGAUGAAGAAAAGGACCAGAUCACGCAGCAGAGAGCAUAGAAGAUCCCGUUCUCGUGACCGCAGGAGGCGGCGGUCGCGCUCGGCGUCACGGGAGCGGCGCCGCUCACGCACACGCUCCAGGGAGAGGAGACGACGACACCGCAGCCGCUCCACUUCCCGCAACCGAGGCCACCGUCACAGCCACGAGCAGGGCUCCAGACACAAGUCGUCCAGGGACCGGGAGCGCCAGUCCAGAGACCGGUCACGAGAGCGGGACAGGAGGGACGGGAUGAACGGCCGGUCAGACUCCCGCCGGGCGGACGACAGGGACAUGGGCGACCUCUGAAGACCAAACUCAUCUACCACUGACACACACCCUCCUGUCUGUCUGUCUCUUACUCAUCUGUCCCCAAUGUUAACACUGUUCUAGCCUUUUCCUGCCUGCUUCCUUUCUUUGCUUUAACAGUUAAUGCCGCCAACCCAGAGAUAACAUGAUAUAUUGUAUAAAGUCAAUUUACCAGCAUCCAAAUAUAUCAGAUUUGUAUUUGGAUGGAGAUUAGUUAUUGAUCAGUAGUGGUGUUUAUUGUAAUACCCACAUCUGUACUAUGGUGACUGUCUGUAUUCUACAUGUCCCAUGUCUCGUUCUAAACGUCCCUAUGCUGAUUACAACAUGCAGCGCAAACGAACCAGUGGUCUAGACUGAGGCAUAAAAUAGAGCUGGGCUAUGUUCUUUUAUCUAUGAUGGUGUUUUCAUACAGAAUCUGUCUGUAAAUAAGGAUGGACUGGACCCAGUGAUUGUUAAAAUCUGGAAACGAAGAACUUGUAUUUUUUUUUUUUAUCUCCCUCUGCUUGAUUGCAGUUCUUGAAUGUCUGUCCACAUUUGUCUCUAGUACUUUAUUUGCUGUCAGUCAGUUUUAGGAGUUCAGUUUAAAAAAAAAAAGUUGCAAGUUGCUAGAUAUAGAAUCAACUUUGUGUUCUACUUUAAUUGAUCAAAUUUUUUAUUCUACCAGCACUGAUGGAAAUCCUUCUGUCAGUAAAUGCGUGUUCAGAUUUGUAUCGUUUGCAGUUAUCUUUUUUUAAAUUUCCUGCGUUUCUCUUAUUUAAACUAGUUAAAAUAAAUGGUAACUUCAGAGGUUUAACUGUGAAAGGAAUGAAACAUUGGAAAUUCCACGUUGCUGACAUUCACAACUUUAUUAGUCAUUUGAAAAAGUGGAGUCCUGCCCCGAUUUGGCCGAACCCCCCGUGAUUAAAUUUCCGUGCAAGCUGAUUCGAAUGGGUGCAUUGCUUUUCCCGGGCGUGUGAAUUCAUGUUUAUUUUCUGCUGGUAAUGUUAUGUUAGUGUCUCAAUUAAUAAACAUCCCAACAUUUUAA